GACUCAUCCAGGAUAAGAGCGCUCUCGAAGCUCGUGCGACGCCGCUGUUUUACCCUACCGGAGCUAGUGGGGGACUGCCGCCCCAAUAAGGCCUUGUGCCCUCAGCGCUAUGAGCUGCUGCUCCGAGGUUAUCGUCACCAGCGCCUACUUCACUCAAUUGCAACGGCCGGUAUUGUGCGGGAUGGCUCCGCCCAUAAUCCCAUCAGAACAAGCGGCCCGCCAACCAUCACUCGGCCAUUCGUCAUUUGUCAGCGGUAAUCGCCAGUAUACGCAAGGGGCAAGAUGCCAGUCAGUCCCUUGUCGUUGAAGAGGACAUUGCUGCGUGCCGAUCAGUCCGUUUGGUGCUGUGGCCAUGAUGGACGUCGAUCCGUCCGUCGAAGUUCGACUGAUCCAAUGGUCAUGGAUCAUCCAUGACCUCUCUUUCCCGAUCUGUGACUCAUCCAACGAUGCAUCCGACAAAGUGAGCUUUCCGAAUGCCCACUACACAAACGUCGCAGUGAUAGCGCGUCGAAUUGAUGAGUGUUGGGAGCUUCAGCCCGGUGUGCGCGUGUGCAUCAUGAAAGGCGAUGUCAAGGGAGCGUUCAGGCACUUAAUGCUAUUG